UUCAAUCUUACACUCUUGAUGAUGAGGGUACUCCAAGAUGCAGAUAAAUUGGAACCUUUUGACUACAUGUUUACUGCUCUCAGCCGUUGAAUGUGGUUCCCACUCUCUUGAGUUCUUGUCUACAGGACAUGUGCAGCCUGGAAGUCAACCCUUAUUUGACCAACUAACUGUAUUUGAUAGAGUUCCCAUCUCUUACUGCGACACCCUGACAAAAAGAGAACAAGUCAAACCUAUCCUGGCAUCAAAAAACUUCCCCAAACACUGUUAUGAUGCAAGUUAUGAUAUCUCAUAUCUCCACAAGAUUCCACCAUUUAUCAACAGCACAGCGUAUGUUGUUCAGCGGCGGCGUGGCUGCAUCCAAUCUGCUGAUGGGAUGGUGUCAGGUUUUGAAGUCUGGGCAAUGAAUGGAAAGGACUUUAUAAGCUUUGACCCUGGAACUAAAAGAUGGAUGUCCCAGUGUCCUUCUGCAAUAACAGUUCAACAUCAGUGGAACAAAGAGAAGAAUAUGAACUUUGCCUUUAGCCACUUCAUCAAAGAAGAAUGUCCAGAGAUGAUCCAGACGAUUCAAUUAAGAUCAAUACCACAAAAAACAGAGCUACAUAUAUUUGCCAAGUCCACUGAAAACAAAGACAAGGUUCUGCUGAGGUGCCACGUGACAAGUACUGACAGAUCACUGAGCUCAGUGCAUCUCAUUGGAGAUGGGGCUUCCAGGGCCAGUUCGAUCACAGUCAUGGGACCAGUGCCUUCUGGAGACGGAUCUGUGAUCCUCAGACUGACAGCUAGGAUCUCCCAGAGCCAAAACACCAACACGUAUGGCUGCACAGUACAAACAGGAGAUCACAACAUCACUGUCUUUUGGGAUGGGAGUACUCUUGAUGGCAGAUACCUUCUUCACCUGUCAAGUGCCCACUGGAAAAUUCUGACAGUAAUCCUUGGAUUCUGCUGCACUGUGUUUGCAAUCACUAUUCUGUCCUGUGCAACUAUAUUUCUCCUCAAAUGUGUGAAGAAGAAGUCCUCUCCUCCUUUGCAAGUUGAUCCACAGCUGAUGGAGCAGUUUAGCAGGAUGAUGGGGAGUGUUGCUUCUCCAGAUCUGCAGAGUGUUCUUUUUUCAUUUACGCAGGGUACAGAGGGAAACAGAGAGUUCCAGGAGCAGUGGGAGGUGAGCAUUAGGCUAAGGGAUCAAAAUUACUAUGAUCCAGAGUACUUUGGUCAUCAAGUUGGAGCAUGUUAAUAGAUCAUUUAGAAAUUAAGCAGGGAAUAAAAAAUUCAAGAACCAGUAAAAUUUGAAAUAUCAACUGAAAACAUUUCUCAGGUAACUAUUUAAUGUAUAAACCUCACUGAGAGUUAAAACACUUAAUUGCAACUCAACUUAUAUUGCAGUUAUCCUGUACAUAACUGCCAUUUAAGGCCACAGUGAUAGCCAUUCAGCAAACGCUACAUAUUCUUACAUUAACACUAGAACCACCUGUAACUAUUGUUGUGUACCUAAAACUGCCAAUUGGUAAAAUUUACCCGUUAUUAAAACACAUUGAUUUUCAAGGCACAAGAUGUUGUAGAAUGAUAAUAAAUGAACCUGAUGCUAAUCCAGCAUGGUCUUAUUCCCAAGUUCUCAAAUAGUACCACUUGGUCAUUGAUACCCGUUACAGACACGUCAGUAUGAUACACUAUUGGGUGGCGUCGGUUUAAAAUGUCACCGGACAACAACGUAAUAUAAGGAGCUGGAAAGUCCCUUUACAAGACUGUAUGCAUCUAAUGAACAGAAAUUGUUCAUUUCCUGUGUAUUUUGACACAGUGCCUGUAACAGGCGUAAAUUGACACGCCAUCUCAGAACAUCAACCACAGACACACCCAGGACACAGCAGCAAAUUGUUAUUAGUUGAAAGUGAGAAUGCAUUGGCUAAUCACAUGCUAUCAUAUGGUAACAUUUAUUUAUUGUAUGCUACUCACAAAAUAACAACAAAAUAGUAUAAUAAUAAACAUAAUAAACUUGCAUUUAAAAGUCCCAUGCCCAAUGUGAAAUUAUAAAUCUCUUUCUCUUGUCCACAGUGAAGGUUAGCCUAUGACUUGAUGCCACUCUAAUACACACAGUCGUAGACAAAUGGCAUUGCCAUAGCAACAUGUAGUUUUUAUCUAAACGCGCAAAAUUAAUUUAAUUAAUUGUGAAAAAAAAAAUACUUUUUUUUUUAUGUGCUCUCCUCAGGGGAAAAUUUACCUGCAGACGCUUAAUAGAUAUAAAUGGCUUUUUUGUUUGUUUGUUUGUUUGUUUUAUCUUGACAAUAUUCAACAAUAGGGGGUGCUACAUAACAUACUUUUAGAAAAGGUCAAAUACUGGGGGACUUAAAUAUUAAAUAUUUUAUUGACAUUAAGGGCAAGUAAAUGUUAUCUAUUGGUGUUUCUAGUGUUAAAUAUAUGCAUCAAUAAAAAUACAAGACUUUAAACUUUGUUAUCACUCCUGAUGAGGAAUCUCAUGAAAAACACCUUAUAUAUUGCAAUAGCAUUUCUUUCCUUUAACACACUGUACAUCAUUAUACUGUAAAACUUCAGUUAAAAGCUUAGUUCCAGUUAAAUGCCCAGUUCAUUUUUCUAGCCCAGUUUGGCAACAAAUAAACACCUGUCUCAUGAGAUGCCCAGUCUGGUCUGUAUAAAACCAGAUUUUUGGGUUCCCACUUUCAAACAGGAGAAGCUCACUUUAAGUUUACAUCAUAAAAUCUGUCAUAUUGUAACGUUAACGAGGCAGUAACUUAUAAAAGGAACAUUUAAUGUUGAAGCUGUUUUUCAACCACACUCAUGCCAUAGAACC